AUGAACGCCUUCCGGUUCCUCGGGGACAUGACCCACCUCUUCUCGGUCCUCGUCCUCCUCCUCAAGAUCUACGCCACCAAGUCCUGCUCAGGGGUGUCGAGGAAGACGCAGGAGCUGUACAUGUUGGUGUUCGUCGCGAGGUACCUGGACCUCUUCACGGACUACGUCUCGCUCUACAACUCGAUGAUGAAGGUGGUGUUCAUCACCAGCUCGGCGGCCAUCGUGUGGUGCGUGCGCCGCCACCCGCAGGUACGGAGGACGUACGACAAGGAGCAGGACACCUUCCGCCAUGCGGUGCUCGUCGCCGCAUCAUUCCUGCUCGCGCUGAUGUUCCACGAGCAGUUCACCUUCCGCGAGAUAUGCUGGGCUUUUUCAAUCUAUUUGGAGGCAGUGGCCAUUCUCCCACAGUUAGUGUUGCUCCAGAGAAGCAGAAAUGUGGAUAACUUAACUGGACAAUAUGUUUUCUUCCUUGGGGCCUACCGUGCAUUUUACAUUCUAAACUGGAUUUACCGUUAUUUCACGGAGGGUCAUCACAGCAGAUGGAUCCCUUGGCUCGCUGGUUUGGUGCAAACAGCUCUGUAUGCAGAUUUCUUUUACUAUUAUUUCUUAAGUUGGAAGAACAAUGUUAAGCUCGAGUUGCCUGCAUGA